AUUCCCAUCAGCGAUCUGCAGUUUGACGAUUUGGUCAUCUCUCUCGGAAACAAACGUCCGAAUCGCAUCAACUAUAAGGAGCUCUGUGUUGGACGGCACUUGUGGUGGAAGAAGAACCUGGGAGAACCUAGGAGGGGCGUGUCUGUCAGUCCGGGGACCGGAGCAUCUGUAAAGUGUUUCAGACCUGCUACUGACCAGAAAAGUGACUCCGGUGAGACUAAACCCUCUUCGGCACUCUCAGUCUCACUGCUCAGUGUUGGGGAUACCAGGACCAGAUCUCAGGUGGGCCGCAGUGACCAGAGUGAAGGCAGUAAAUCCCAGUUUCUCCAGGUGCCUCCUGUCAAUCUGGAGGAAAUGAGGCCCCUCAGCUACGAGGACAUGGAGGUGAUCGGGAAGAAUUAUCGGGAGAGGAAAAGAAGAGCAAAAAGCAACACCCGCCUCUUGGACUGGUUAGAUCAGUGCCGUUUGGUAAGAACAGGCAACGCUGCUGUUGACGCCCAUUCCCUGCCGUCUACGCUGGAGGAGGAGUCAGCCGAGCUGGUGGAGCAGUUCAGAAGGCAGGGCCUACAGCAAUAUCAUAAGAUCCUAAAACUGUGCCAAGCCUACAAUGUUCCCCUUACAGAAGAGCUGCUGGAAGAAGCUUUAUUGUAUCCUGGAGACAAGCUGGUUUGUGAAUCAGGAGAUCAGCUUCCCCUCCGACAGCCAGGUGUAGGACUUUCAUCCAAAGACAGAUUCGCGAGGAAGAGCUCUGCAACAAAAAUGUCCAAAGGAAGACACAGCGUGGACGAGGAUCCCGACAGUUACCCAAGGCUCUGUAGUGGCCCAUACCCUCCCAACACCUACGUUGCCAGGGUGAAAACCAAGGUGAGAGGAAAGCAGAAAGCCGGGACAGAAACCCUGAGAUGCUGGACGACAUUGGAGCAGUUUCAGGAGAUGAGUGGGAGCCUGAAGAGGAAAUUCCCCCAUCGCUUCUUUACAUCUGACGACAAUGCAUUCUGGCCCGGGCAGCUGGUGGAGAAACUCCGCUUCUACCUUCCGCAGGCUGCUGGAUCAGAUCCACACCAUUCAUUGACAAACAGCCAGGUCACCCGCCCAGGAUGA